ACAGAAAGAAAUACGUAAUGUUCAACUGGGACUAACACGAGCUGACUAUUUAUACGGAUUUACUUGUCCUAAUACUUUUGCACGUAAUCGUACUCCCAGGAGGCGUACCCUCUCACGUUCAUUCAUUGUGUAUUAACGUAAGGCUUAAAAAGCGAGGAAGGUUGAUAGCCAACUUUUCCUUCGUCCAUACGCGAGUUUCGCUUCUCUCCUUCGCGUUACUAUAUAAACGAUCAACUAGCCCCGGAUAACUUUCAGUGAGUGACACGCGGUAUAGCGUUCCCGAUACGAGCGUUUUUUUUUUCAACAAGCUUUUACCGUUAGUGUGCAAAGAGAUAGAGAGAAAAAUAGAGAUAGAUAGAUAGAGAGAGAGARAGAGAGAGAGAGAGAGAGAGAGAGAGAGAAAUAUUGGAGGUAGUUGAACAAUUUCAAGCUACUUCAGUGAUGCAAAAUCAAUCGACUCAUCAAUUAUACCGUUCUUAUGGAUCACAUUUCUUUCGAGUUUAAGGAUCCGAUUUUACGCAUCGAAAAUAUUUAUUUCGUCUUGAAUAAUAUUUACCGGUUUUUUGUAAUCGCGAAUAACAAAAAAGUUAAAGAUCACAUUUGCUUUUUUGGAAUUUAAAUUGUUAUCGAAUAUGUAAAGUUAUGUAGAAUCUCUUGAAUGAAUUCACGUGAAAGGGCAGGUGCACGAAUAAAUAGAUUUCUCCCUCUGGUAUACAUCUGCACGGAAGAUAGCGUAGCCUCGUAAUUAUCGACGCAUCGACUACUACUAGAUCGCUGCUUAAAACUCGUAGUAUGGCGGAAAAUACAGUAGAAGUCCAAAGAAAGUUUAAAACGAGAUCAUGCGGGAGAUAUUUCCGGAAAUUUGUGAAAAGACGGAUACCGAUCUUGGAAUGGUUACCUAAGUACAAUUCGGAAAAAUUUUUCAACGAUGCGAUCGCCGGUGUUACUGUUGGGCUCACUGUGAUGCCGCAAGGAUUAGCUUAUGCGACUUUAGCCGGCUUGGAACCCCAGUAUGGGCUCUAUUCCGCUUUUAUCGGUGCUAUGGUAUAUGUUAUAUUUGGUUCUUGUAAAGAUAUUACCAUCGGUCCAACAGCACUUAUGGCUUUAAUGACCCAUGAAUAUGUUCAAGGAAGAAGUCCAGAUUUUGCUGUUCUUCUUGCAUUUUUAACCGGAUGUUUACAACUACUAAUGGCCUGCUUGCAUUUAGGUGUCUUAAUCGAUUUUAUAUCCGUACCAGUGACAGUAGGAUUUACAUCGGCAACAUCUGUUAUCAUAGUAGCUUCUCAAUUAAAAGGUCUUUUGGGAUUAAGGAUCACAUCCGUAGGAUUCUUAGAUACUUUGAUAAAAGUCUUUCAAAAUAUUUAUCAGAUAAGUCCUUGGGACACCGUGAUGAGUUUCACUUGUAUUAUAAUUCUGUUAUCAUUUAGGAAAAUGAAGGACAUCAAAUUAUGUUCCGAUCAAAAAAAAGCAUCAACCUGUCAACGAAUACUGACUAAAACAAUAUGGAUGCUUUCAACAGCACGAAACGCUAUUAUCGUCAUUAUCUGUUCAGUAAUUGCUUACAAUUUGAACACGUCCGAGUCUAAUAAUCCUUUUAUUCUAACUGGCAAAGUACGAUCCGGUCUCCCAUCAUUUGGUCCACCACCAUUUUCAACUCACGUUAACAAUCGUACCAUUGGCUUUAUGGAAAUGUGUUCAGAAUUAGGAACGUCUAUAUUAUUAGUUCCAAUUAUCGGAGUACUCGGCAAUGUAGCUAUUGCGAAAGCAUUCGCCAAUGGGGGAAAAAUUGAUGCCACGCAGGAGCUCCUUACCUUGGGGAUUUGCAAUCUUCUUGGAUCCUGCGCCAGUGCAAUGCCCGUUACAGGAUCCUUUAGUAGAUCCGCGGUGAAUCAUGCUAGCGGCGUAAAAACACCAAUGGGUGGUCUCUACACUGGUGUACUGAUUUUGUUAGCUCUCAGUCUUCUCACUCCAUAUUUCUACUUUAUUCCAAAAGCAUCAUUAGCUGCAGUAAUUAUUUGUGCCGUUAUAUACAUGAUCGAGUACGAGGUCGUGAAGCUCAUGUGGAAAUCUAGCAAGAAAGAUCUCAUACCGAUGUUUGUUACCUUCCUUUUCUGCCUCAUCAUCGGAGUGGAAUAUGGAAUUUUAUUGGGUGUCGGGACUAAUUUGAUAUUUUUAUUAUAUCCGUCUGCGCGACCAACUGUACACGUGGAUAAGUGUACCACCGACUCUGGUGCGGAGUAUCUUUUAAUUACUCCAGGAAAUAGUUUAUAUUUUCCUGCUGUAGAUUUUAUUAAACAAUCUGUUGGUGAUGCAGGAGUAAAAGAAGGUUCUAGUCAAUUGCCUGUGGUCGUUGAUUGCAGAUAUGUCCUAGGUGCAGAUUUUACAGCUGCUAAGGGCAUAGCAACGCUAAUCGGCGAAUUUAAUAAUCGUAAGCAAAGCCUGUAUUUCUUUAAUCCACGAUCCGAUGUUGUUGCCGUAUUGAAAGGUGCUUGCGGUGAAGAAUUUCAGUAUGUUUCUACUCAAGAAGAACUUUCGUACUUAUUAUCAACAAGCCAAGAUAAGUCAUCCCGACAAUUAUUAGAAUUAUCUAAGGAUAAAAAUAAUGAGCCAUUAUUGUUAAAUAAUUUAGGAGUUGUUCACAGAAAUAAUCGAUCAUCCACUCACGAACUUAGCGAAGUUACAACCACAUUGUUACAUGCUACGGCUAGUUGAAAUGUAUAAUUGUUUCUACCCAAAUAUAUUUCAAUUAUUAUUUUUUUUUUUUAGCACAAUAACUUUAAAGAUUUUUGCACUUAUUCAACAUAAACAUAACAAAAGAAUCUCGUGAAAUUUUUUGAACUACUUUUGUGAUUUAUAUUUGAGUAUACGAAUGAAUUUAUUUGCUUAUACUUUUUUUUAUCGAUAUGAAAUAUUUUAUAUAAUAUAAUAUAAGAG